ACACAACUUCUUGUUCAGUUCCCACAGACGGCGCCAAAUGUUUGGGCAGCUUCACAAUCCAACGCUGUUGAAGUCUUCAGCUGCUUCUACACCUGAAAAUCCCAAGGGUGCUUCCUCGGGGAAAACACUCCAACGCUCAAGUCAGCAAUACUCAAUAUUCUAGAGAGAAGUGCUCUCAAAGAGUAAUUGCAGAGAGAGAAGCGUAGAGAUUAAUUACCUUCAUUGUUGGUGGUUAGGGGGUAUUUAUAGCCCCAAAUACUGACAUGCAUUCCCACAUGUGAUUGGAUGGUUGGAGUCAAGCAUUUGGUUCUUGCCAUUUUAUGUUAAAAUAUCGGGAGCUGCCGUUUGUCCUUUAACAGAAUUAUUUGAUCUGCUUUCCUAAGGUUUUUUAGUGGGUGCAAUUUGAUUGUGAUCCUCGUGUUGCAACAAAGUGGUAUCCAUAUGUUAUGUAAUUAGAAGUAUGAAAAGGAGACGUCUUUGCAGGAUUCGAUUUGUAAUU